CGAUAGUCAGUAUUGUAUUGGAAAGCAGAAUUGAUUGCUCGGAAUUCGGAUAUGCGGAGUUAAAAAGUUUUCUCAAUGUAUUUUCUUUGAAAAAAAAAUUAAAAACAAGUAACUGUGUAAAAAUAGUAAAAUUAUUUAAUAAAAGAAAACAGUUUGAAAUAUGAAAUACUAUUAAAUAUUCAUUUAAACUCCUUAAUUUACAUUUAAAUAAAUAAAAUAAAAUAAAAUAAAAUAGAGAUUGAUUAAGUGAAAUUUCUGCGAGGUACUGGCGGUCUGGAGCAUGCGUCAUUUUUCAGUUAAUUUUUUUUAUUCAAUAAAAUGUUGAUAGUUAAAGUGCGUGAAGCUUGUAUACUUUAACAGGAAUAUAAACUUUUUUUUCAAAUAAUGAGAAAAAAAUAAGAAAAAAGUUCGGUCAUAACGAUUGUUAAAUUGUUAAAAUUAUAACUUCUCAUAUUCAUCCCGAAAGCCGAAACCCAACCUUUCCCUCAAAAGUUUAAAAUAGAAAAAAAAUCAAGAGCGGUGUACGCCAACAUUAUUGUAUUAAAGAUUUCAUUACGGUAGCGGCGGCGCGUGGGAAUCCGAUUUAUCCAAGUAUCACGUAACGCUAGAUGAAGAGGUUCAUUCAUUUAUUCAGUGCUCUUAUCACUGUGUCCAGAGAGAAUUAUUUUCGGGCACACGAUAGUGUGUUUUUCCGAAACAGCAUAUAAGUGUAAAUAUUGUGUUAAUUUAAAUAUUUUAACUCCUUGAAAAAAAAAAUAUUUAACCUUUAGCGUAAAACGAGGUUAAAAUUAAAUUAAAACUAAUCAAAUAAUUUAUUGUUUACAAUCUUGUUUACGUCGUCGAAGUUGUCGCUUAUGCGACGAGAAAAUCUGGAACAAUUUGACUAUGGUUGUUUUGAAGGUUAUUUUGUGAAACCACUAGAAAUAAACAACGCCGAUUAAUAGAAACAAUCAAAAUGGUGGAGUCCUCUAGCCUGGGUCGACCGGCAACAAAUCAACAAUACUCUGUGCCACAUCAUUCGCCCUCAGGACUACGCUGUGGAGUCCUUGAAACUCGUGUCAGAGGAUUAUGGUAUCGUGUUAUGGUAACACUUCAAACCGACUUUCUAUCAAUAAGCUUAGAUGAGUCAUGUGAGUCAUCAAUGGGAGAUCAUUCAACAACAUUAAACGGAACAUUAGGAAGCAACCACAGCAGUCACAAUGGCACUUUGCCAAAAUCCACAACCACAGGCGGGUCAUCAGAAGAAAACAAUAUCGACAAUGGGGAUCAUCUCUACAAUAAUAAUACUGCAGACAAUGGAAUGAAUGAAAUAUGUGAUGUGCCUGAUCAUGUGGCUAAUCAAAAGAGGCAUGUUCGUAUCAUAAAAUCUGACAACAAUGGCCUAGGUAUAUCAAUAAAAGGUGGUCGAGAAAACCGCAUGCCAAUUUUAAUUUCGAAAAUAUUUCGGGGAAUGGCUGCUGAUCAAGCUAAAGGUCUAUACGUAGGUGAUGCAAUACUAACAGUUAACGGAGAAGAAUUAAGAGAUGCAACUCAUGAUGAAGCUGUGCGUGCAUUGAAGAGAGCGGGACGUGUUGUAGACCUAGAAGUUAAAUUCCUUCGCGAAGUGACACCAUAUUUUAGAAAAGCCAGCAUUAUAUCUGAGGUUGGUUGGGAACUUCAAAGAGCCUUUUUAUGUCCUAUGGGUUCUGGCAUGCCAACUUCACCACCAGCCCCAAAAAGUCCACCGAGAGCUGAUACUCGAUAUAUUCCUCUACAAUUGACGCAUUUAGCACGAAAUCUUAAAUACGUUGAUCCAGAAAAUCGUUGCAUAGAGCUACAUUCUCCUGAUAGUAUCCAUUCGUGUAUUCUUCGAGCUUCUGAUUCACAGGAGGCGCUUAUGUGGUUCAAUGCCCUGCAUUCAGCAAUGUCCUGUAGUACGCAAAGAGCCUUAACCGAUGCCAACCGAGCAUUGCUAAAUGUGAUUGGUGAACUAAAACACAUCGGCUGGUUAAGUCGAAGAAUAGGCAGCAAUUGUGAGCAGAGUGGCCGAUCAAGUUCUGAGAGCUCUGAUGAGAACGAUAAAUGGCAACCAGUGUUUGUGGCAGUAACUGAAAGGGAGUUUAGAAUAUAUGAAGGAGCACCGUGGUCUGUAGAAGCAUGGAGUCGACCAUUGGAAUGCUGCACUCUUGCAUCUACUCGCCUGGCUGGGGCUGGGAAUAAUUCAUCACUAAAUGGUCAGCAGACUACAGUUUUUUGUGUACGUUGUGGAACUACGCGUGGUGUUUUAGUCUAUUGGUUAAGAUCCGAAACACAUCGCGAUAUGGCAGCCUGGGCCCGUUCCUUGGUUCAAGGCAGUCACAAUGCAGUUAAUUACCAACGAGAAUUUUCUUUUCGAUGUUUAUAUCAAGGAAGGCAGAGUCAAUUAAUAGUUCAUUUGAAUCGAGGAUUUUCACUCCAUGAAUGUGGUAUGAAUUCUCCAGCUACGACUAAGUCUCAAAUGUGGCAGUUUCCGUUUGAUAAAUUAAAGGGAUCUGCAGACGAUGGAAAUAGAUUGCUGUACUUAGAUUUUGGAGACGAUGGUGAAAUAGAGCUAGAUAUGGAGUGUUGCCCUAAGCCGGUGGUUUUUGUUUUGCACAACUGCUUGUCUGCCAAAGUUCAUUCUAUAACUUAGUAUUAAGAAUGAUAAGUUUAUAAUUAAGUUAAAAUUCUGUUAGUAUGUAUGUAAAUGUAUCAGACGUAAACCUUUAAAACGGCCAAUGAAAACAGCAAAGAUUUCCAUGAUGGUUUUACUGCACAAGGAAUCAAAACCCAAAAUUGUGAAUUUUGUGAACUUUUCGGGAAUUACAAAUUAUAAGUACCUGCGUUCAGUUCUGGCAAGAGAUAAUAGUUGAGACAUAUUUUGAAUCAGAAUGAAAUUCAUACAAAAAAAAAAAAAACAAUGUUUCUCCACAACAUAUAGAAAU